CUAUCGGAGUCAAGCGUCAACAGAUUCCAACGGCGCGGUCCAAUAGUGAAGAAUACAAAAUAGAAGAUGGAUGAUUCACCCGGUGACGAGCAUCUUGCGUUUAUGCAAUGGGCCGAAGCGUCAGGGAUCAAGAUAAAGGGUGUCACGCCGGCACGAUUCCCCGGGCGACGUUUGGGGAUGAAGGCGACGCGAACAAUAAAAAACAAUGAGAUAAUGCUCACGAUCCCUGUGGACCUAAUGCUAACUAUCGACUCGAUCCCAUCAUCAUUUACCUCGCAAUUCCCCACGGGAACAUCCAUCCACGGGAUAAUGGCUGCGUUUCUCACGCACGGGGACCCAUCUCUUCUUAAGAGCCUCGAGGCUUGGCGGAGUGUCUGGCCCUCGUAUGACGAGUUCGAAGACAGCAUGCCGGUUCUCUGGCCGGCACAUCUUCGGGUAUCGAAUUCAAGCUAUGGAGGCAACGCCGACUCUUCCUCACCAGAGAAGCAAGAUCAAGAUCAAAAUCGAGGAAAAGUCCUUCUCCCACCUUCUAUCUCAGGACAGUGGAACACUUUCCCCAAAGUCCCCGUAGGUGUGGACUACGACACACGAUACCAGAACCUACUCAGCCAGCAAGAAAAGCGACUAAAAGAUGCCUGGGCAAAUGUCGUCAAAGUCUAUCCUGAGACAGAGUGGAAGACGUUCGCCUAUUACUGGUGCAUUAUCAAUUCGAGGAGUUUCUAUUAUGUCUCGCCUGGGAAAGAUGAGCCAGAGGAUUGGAAUGAUGCGAUUGGAAUGGUCCCGUUUGCAGACUACUUUAAUCAUGUUGAUGAUGCGGCAUGCGAAGUCAAUUUUGACGGAAAGAAGUAUACCUUCCGAGCAACGCGGCGAUACGAGAAAGGCGAAGAAGUCUACAUGAGCUAUGGCAACCACUCAAACGACUUCCUUCUAAUUGAGUAUGGUUUCACCCUCUCCACUAACCCCUCCGACUGCAUCUACCUCGACGACAUUAUAUUCCAAGAUCUUAGCAUAUCACAGAAACAGGAGUUAGCGAAACAGGAGAUUUUCGGAAACUACACCCUCUCCCAUCCCCUAUCUUCCGAAAGUCCCCUCCACUACGCUGCAUGCCUAAAAUACAUGAAUACCCGUGACUGGCGCGCAUACGUAUGCGGACGCUCAGAGCGGGGCGUCGACGAGCAGAAGACCGCGAACGUGAUACGAGGCUGGGUGGAGGUGUAUCUUAAGGAAUGCAUUGGGACGACAGAAAUUAUUGAGAAUAUGAUUCAAGAUCUUGGAGAAGAGCUCGGGGAUAGUGAGAAGAAAAUAGGAUCAAAAGCAUGGGAACGAGAGAAGCUGCAGAUGUUGUUGAAUCGAUGGGGACAGAUUAGACGGUUAUGUGAGAGCGUUCUUGAAGACUUGGAAUAGUCUGCAUAUUACAGCUGCAAUUAUGGACCAGUUGGAAGGUCAUGGCCAGACUUUCACAUGAUAUACUCUGCAUUGCACUUACAUAGACAUGGAAGAAAGACGU